AUGGCAGUCGCACAGGGGCAGAACCACUGGGAUGAUCCAGCCCGCAGUGUCAUCGCGAGACUUCGGGUCGAUACUCCUACCUCUUCCCCAAGGGAGUCAUUGUCUUCCUCUGCCGGUGAGCCUGGUUCGUCUCUGAUUGCCCCGGCUGGCCCCACGGACGUGCAGGAUCCGCAGUGCAUCCCCAUCGAACAGGAGCCCAUCCCCUGUUUCACCGACGUGACCUAUGCCUCGCAGGUUGGCGACACCUGCGACAGCGUGGCGCUUACCUACUCGGUAGCCUCAGCCGCGCCCUACAGCGCGCCAACACCGGCUAUAAAACCAACUGCACUCCGCUGGCUGCCGGCAACGAGCUCUGCAUCCCGCUCAUCUGCCACGAGCUGUACAUGA